AGGCUGUGCAUAUGCGCGUAGCCGCUGAAGGUCGUGGCGCUCACCAGCACACCACCCGCCUUCAGCCCAUCGUCCUCGCCCACCACUUCCAAGAAGAACUCCAGCCCUACCUCCACUGCCCACAGCAUCACUAUCGCCGCGCUGCUCAGUCAUCACCCUCGGUCUGCGCCUCUAGAACUUUCCACGCCCUGCAUCCACAAAACCACCCCACUGGCCCCGCGCUCCGCCUCGCGUGUCUAAACUCCGACCUCCGCGCCAGCGUUCGCCCUUAGUAGUCUCACCACCAUGCCCCCAGGCAACGAGUACGCGGCCGAGCAGCUCAAGAACCAAGGCAACGCGCACUUCAAAAAUGGCGAGUACGAAGCCGCCGAGACGCUGUACAGCCAGGCGAUCCAGAAGAACAGCAAGAACCCGCUGCUGUUCACCAACCGCGCGAAUGCGCGCCUCAAGCUCGAGAAGUGGGAGGGCGUCAUUGACGACUGUAUACGGAGUAUCGAGCUCAUGAAGGAGAACAUGAAGGCAUUUUUCUACUUAGCGCAGGCGCAACUCAGCAUAAACCACCCCAACGAAGCGCUCUCGUCCGCGCUGAUGGCGUACGACCUCUGCACGCACUCCGCGCAGCAAACCUCCAACGCCGCCACAAUCUCCGCGCUAGUGCUCAAGUGCAAAAAGGCGAAAUGGGACAUCCGCGAGCGCGAGCGCAUACGGCGGCGGGCAGACCUGCUCGCCGAGCUCGAAGCCACGCUCGAAACGGAGUACAAGAAAGACGUCGACGACAUCGAAGCGCGGAUCGAGAAGCAGGAGGUGGGCCGGAUAGAAGGCCAGGAGGAGAAGGAAGAGCGGAAGAAGGAGUUUGAGAAGAAGAGAGAUGAUCUGCGGACGGCGUUUACGUUGAGCGACCCAGAACACCUGCAGAAGAGAGAAGUGCCGGACUACCUCGUCGACGGGAUAACGUUCGAAAUCAUGCACGACCCGGUCGUCACGAAGAACGGGCGGUCCUACGAGCGCGCGACUAUAAUAGAGCAUUUGAAGCGCAGUGCGACGGAUCCGUUGACGAGAGAACCGCUUACUAUCGCGGAGCUGCGGCCGAAUAUUGCAUUGAAGGAGGCGUGUACCGAGUUUAUGGAGCAGAAUAGUGGCUGGGUUUAUGAUUGUGAGGAUGGUGAGAUGGAUAGGGAUUCCCGCUGGGCGCAUCUUUCGUCUUGGUAGGAACAGGACGGACGAGAAGCGAGGAUGAGUGCUUGGAACUCGUUUCGGAUAAGCGUGCAUGGCAUGAGCAUGCAAUGGAGAGUCAGGGAUCUCCAUUCUGGCGUUUGUGUCCGCGGUUUAGUGAGCGUUCUGCGAAGACAGUAUCUGCAUACCCCG